GGUGCGGGAGGCGAUGCGGGAGGCGGUGCGGGAGCCCGGCGGGAGCUGCGGGGAGAUGGCGGAGCGGGAGCGGCAGGAGCGGCUGCGGGAGGCGGCGGCGCUCGGCGAUGCGGAGGAGGUGCGGCGGCUCGUGGAGCUGGGGGUCGGCCUCAACUCCCAGAAUGAAGUCAACGGAUGGACCUGUUUGCACUGGGCCUGUAAGCGGAACCACGUGGCGGUUGUGGCUUAUCUGCUGCAUGCUGGGGCUGACAAGGACAUCCUGACGAAGAAAGGGGAGAGGCCAGCCCAGUUAACAUCCAAGAGAGAGAUCAGGAAGAUGUUGGGAGUGGAAGAUGAACUACCAGACUUGAAGCAAGAUUCAGAUCUGCCAAUCGUCCCCAAUUACCUGGCUAACCCACCUUUCCCAUAUGUUUACACCUCAAGUACCAGCGUUCCAGAUCUUGCCCUGAAUGGGAAUCUCUCACACCUGGAAGCACAAGACACCAUCUCUCCAUCUGUACCUGACUCGGACACCUACAGACGAACACAAGGACCACUGCAGCCUGGGAAUGCUGCUCCUGAGGUGCCUCCUAAUGGGGACAUCCCACCCCUGCCUCGAGGGUCUGCUGGGCCAUCACACCCAAAUCCUCUCCUCCAGAGAGCUCCUGUUUACCAGGGGUCGGUGUCCUGGGGGAGAAGCCCCUCUUCACCAGCAGGAUCCAACCAAUUCCUACCACAGCAAGGGAACAGCUCCUGCAUGGGGCCUGUGCCAGCCUUUCAGCCUGUUUUCUUCACAGGAGCUUUUCCACCCAACGUGCAAGAACUGGUGCUUAAAGUGAGAAUAAAAACCCCUAAUCUUAGAGAAAAUGACUUCAUUGAAAUUGAACUGGACAGACAAGAACUGACCUACAAGGAGCUGCUCCGAGUGAGUUGCCGUGAGCUGGGUGUGAACCCUGAGCACGUCCAGAAGAUCAGAAAAUUACCAAAUACAAUGUUAAGAAAGGACAAGGAUGUUGCAAGGCUACAGGAUUUCCAAGAACUGGAGCUUGUUCUAACAGUAAGCGACAAAAACUUACUUUUCAGAGUCCCAACACUUUCUGAACAGAGUGGGUAUAACAAGAAGGCAUCAGAACUUAUGUACUAAUUAAGGAAUAAACCAAAAUAUUUUUAUCUUUCAUUUUACAAUUGGGUUUGAAAAACAGUAUCUAAAAGGGCUAAUGAUGUGAAAAAAUCUAUUUUGUUAACCAUGAAAUAAACUGAAGUGGUUAUGCA